GUUUCUGCCGCGAUUUUGUCUCGCAUUGACUUGACCCGGCUCGACCGAAAACGAUCUAGGGCUGGCACAGCGUCGCGAUCAUCAUAAAUACACACACCUACGUUACCAGUUCACCACGACGAAGACGACGCCAAGAUCGAAUAAUAUGACGGAGCCGAGAUCGAAUACGGCAAAGACGAUGACCAUUAUGCAGCGCCGCGACCGGCUGAGCGAUCUCCCGGAUGCGACGCUGGCGCGGGUGCUCUACCACCUCGGCUCCGUCAACGCGACCGUCACGUCCGCGCUGUCCCGGCGGUGGCGCAACGUCCACGCCGCCGUCCCCGUCGUCGACCUCGUCGACCCCAAGAAGGGCGAACGGUGGGGAAACGUCUCGGGACAGAAGACCUGCUUCGAUCAUCAGGUUACCGCCGCCAUCCUCGGCAAGGACUUGCCGACCCGCAAGUUCCGGCUCGACGCGUUCUACCCGCCUUACGACCUGCGCGACCAGUGGUUCGCCAUCGUCUCCGUCUCCGGCCUCGAGGAGUUCGACGUCAAGCUCCGGUACUGGGACCACUCCAGGCGCAACCUCUGUCCGUUUGGCACCCACCCCAAGGCCUCCGCCGACUUCGACGAGGAGAUGCGCCACUCGUUCACCGCAACGCCGCCGCACAUCUUCCGGUGCGACACGCUGCGCCGUCUGCUGCUCACCAACUGGACGCUCGACGUGCCGGCGGGCGGCGUCUCCAUGCCGUCGCUGGAGACCCUAUUCCUCAAGAGGAUCAUGGCGGAGGACGGGGCGGUGCAGCGUCUCAUCUCUGGCUGCCCGAACAUCGCCGACCUGACGCUGGAGCAGUGCCCCAGCGUGAAGAGGCUCGUCGUCGCCAGCCCGCGCCUCGACAGCUUCGCCAUGAUCUGCUGCCACCACGCCAGCCACGUCGUGCUCCAAGCCGAGCGCCUCCGGACGCUGCGCUACAAGGGCGGCCUCCCCGGUGAGAACUUCUUCUCCAUCGCCAACUGCGGUGACGUACUGGCCAUGACCAUCGACAUCUGCGAAAGCCUCCUCGGGAAAUCGGCAUCGGCUGUCGUCCCCAUCACAAAGGUCAUCACCCGGUGCACCAACGUCACCUUCCUCCACCUCCACCUUCGCCCGACAAUGGCGUUCCACAGCGGGACUUUCACACGCGCCCUCCGCCAUCUUCCCCACCUCCGGCAGCUCGCUCUCAAGGGCCUCCUCGACAAUGACGAAACCGCCUUAUCAGUCUCCACGUUGCUUCGCAACACGCCGAACCUCGACGUGCUCUCGCUGAUCCCUCUCCGUCCUCGCCCCCCAAAGCCUGACUAUCUUUACAUGUUCGACGGCUCCGACGAUGACUCCUCGCAGAACGGCUAAGAGGAAAACAAGAAGGACAAGAGCGCCUUGGACGGUGAAGACACCUAUGUUCAUGUGCCGAAGAUCUUGUGGGAGACUCGAGUAGAGUGCUUGCACAGGCUGAGGAAGAUCAAGCUGCUCAACUACAAAGGGACGCCCAACGAGAGGAUGCUUGCAAAGUAUCUCCUCUCCAAGGCAUCAGCUUUGGAGCAAUGCUCCAUUACCCUGCCAGCUAAUAAAACAUCAACAGAAGAUCGUCGAUGGAAGUUGACGAAGGAGCUGUCAUACUGGCGAGCGAACAAGCGGACAAGAAUCUCUUAUAAGAGUCACGUCUAGAUUAUGAAAUCUUUGCUUCAAUUCUUUGGGUAAAAAUCUGUAUAUUGGUUGAGUCACUAUUGGAUGACGAAAGUUUAAUUGCUUCGAGCAUAUCGAUUCAAAGGUUAUGUUGUCGAAAUAAAGAGAGACAAAAUUUCG